AUGACUUCAAUCUCUGUGCCUGCUUCGGUCCCGGUCUUGUCUCCAUUCGACUCAACUCCUGGCAGUCCACCUCGAUCCUCACCAGCUCAUAGACGGAGAGCUUCGCGGAAUCCAAAUGCUCCUCCUCCGCUACCACAGUUCUCCUUCAAUCCCGGCGGAGACGAGAACGUUGUAGGCACGGAAGGGAUGGAUAUAACGGCGGACGCUGUGAACAACGCGAAUGGUGAGGCUGAUCGUCGCCUCUCGAAGCCUCUCCCGCUGCCGGAGUUCAAGUUCAAUCCGGGAGCAGAUCUGCCCACCGAGCGAAGUUCAAGCCCGACACACCCAGUGCUGCAGGAGAUGGCUCUCAAUCAACAGCGUGCCGUUCGUUCUGCCAGACCUGCACCUCUUCCCGCUUUCACCUUCAACCCGAGUCCUGCACCUGAGGAGGCCUCUCCCAGUCCCACAAAAGGAGGGUUCAGCGACGUUCAACAGUCGCUUCGAGGUGGUCAUCGAAGAGGCGGAAGUGAAUUUGUUGGUGGCUCGAGGACCGACGGACCUCAGAUGGUCAGUACGAGUCCUGAGAAACCGGAAUAUCGACCGCAUCCACCUAUGUCCGGGAUCAGAGGACAUGCACACCGCCGUUCUCAGGCUGUUUCCAUUUCCGAUAUCGACACGUCUGAACUGAUCAAAGCCAAUGCUGUCGCCAAGGCCCGGGCAGGCUCGACGCCAACGACACCCUCUGAUGGCGUAGAUGCCUUCGUGUUUCCGAGGAGUACUGCUCACACGCGACAGUCCAUGUCAGGUAUUGUCAGGACUCCUCCUUCGUCUCCUCGACGCAGGGGUAGUGCCCCCGGUAUUCGUCCUCGCGUCGGCUUUUCCGAUCAUGUGGAUGUUAUUCCUCGGCCGUUGUCCAUGAUCUCUUCCGAGACGGAAGGUAGCAACUCGACCAUUCGAGGAUGCCAUUCUCUCUCUGGCAGCAUCAACUCGAUAGCAGCGAGUCCCACACCGAACCCAACAUUGAUUGUUAGCCCGUCAAAUGAUGCACAAGUCUCCCCAGAAAGACCUAAGACAGCGGAUGCUCUUUCUACUUUGUCGCAGGGCAUGGCCUCCGAUAAGACUUUGUCGAUGAUCAACCUUCCCAAACGCCCACUGUCUGCUUCUGGGUCACCUGGGACUCUGAGUUCAAGCAGCCCCCCCAACAAAAAGAAAUACUUCUGGUUCAACCAUCCUUCCGACCCCUCCCCAUUGUCAACGCCCAAGGCCGAGGUUGGCGAUCCUAUGGACAUCUUCACCUCGCCAGCUCCCAAUUCGCGACCUUCUGCGGACGUAUUACGGCCACGAACAUCAUCCAGCGGGUCGGCAUCCAAGAAACGGAAAUACCACACAUGGACGUCUGGUAUCUUCUCAAGAAAGUCCGAGAAACGCUCUGGCAAGCUCAAGCGUGGGACUGUGCCAGCACCGCCUCCAUUGACGAGAACCCCGAGUGACCAUUUGAACGAGAUUUUUGAUGCCGAUGACACAAUCGUACUCAGAGAACCUUCGCCAGUGUCGACUCGAGUUCGAGCUUCCUUGCAAAACCUUGCUCCAUUGCAGAAUUUGCCUUCGAGUGUACCGCAAGAGCAAAUCAUGAGCCCGGUCAUCGAUUUAGAUGCUGCCUUGGGUCCCUUUGGAAGCGAGCAGAUGCUUGCACACGAUGGCGCCACCAAACAACCUCCGAGGUUGGCGAAGCUUCAUAGCAGUGAACGCAGAGGCGCAGUAGAUGCUUUCGGUACAGUCCAUAGGAGGACGGAAUCAGCACCUGUGAUGCCGGCUGUGAACCGCAGCACCUUUGGUCUACAUCACAUAGGUAGCAAUGCGUCUCUGUCGGACGAUGUGUUUGAUGAAGAGGAGGAAGACAAUUUCCUGGCUGGAGAAAAUGCUACACAACAGCUUUCGCCCAACAGGUCGGUUGCUGAAGUGCCUGCUGUGUCGCCGCCUCUGGCGAGUCUCAAGAUGGACGCACCUGAUGGCCUUGGCCUCUCCAUGUGCGAUAACCCAGGAGACGGAGUCAUCAUUGUUGACUCAGAGGACGACAUCACUCGAGCGGAUGACAACAGAUCAUCUAUGGCGACCAUUGAGGCUCCUGUCUUCCAUCAUUUCGAGUCUCGAAAGCGGCCCAUGUCUUCACCAAUGACUUUUGCGUAUCCAGCCCCUCGGUCACAUUAUACUUCGUCGACGGAUGGCCGCACAACUUCGGCUUCGAUGAUCUCUUCUCCAGAUGCAGACCAUUUUUCGUUCGACACCAUGUCACCGCCAUCUCGAUCACUUGGAGAACCGAGUCCCGACAUGGUUCUUCGUGCCUCAAAUGAUGAUCUUCCUUCUCUCAGUGACAGCAUAUCCAGUGGCGUCAUCCCCAGAAUCUCAAGCAGCGCGGGUACGAGGUCUUCUGUCGACCAACGGUCCGCGUCCAUGAUUGUACCGUCGACCUCGAGGAGGUUGGACAGCACUCAGGCAUGGAAGCGAUCUAGUUUGGCCAGCCUCAACCGCCUGAUCCCAGGCUCAUCACAUGGUAGCAAGCUCAAAUUUGAGACGGUUCCCGAUGGUGCUGCGGCGGAUGAGAAGAGCAGGAAAAAGACCAAUCGGCUAAGCAAGCUGAUGCUGUUCUGGCGCUCGAAGGAGAGGAUCCCAAACUGA